AAAAAGGCUCUCAACUAGCAGUCAGCUUCACACACUCCUCGUACAAACUCGGUAAACAUAAGUUUGUAAGCACUAACAAAAACAAAAUUGGAAUGUUCCCUCUUAGUUGCUCUCUUGUCUUCAAAAACUGCGCUGUUUUUGGCACAAGACAAGCAAAAGCAUAACUCUCUAACUUCCCAACCCCAGUUAUAAAUAAACUAAUUCAUCCAACACUCACAAACAAAAACACACUAUUCAAUCGUUUUUUUCUUCUUCCCUUUCUAUCUGAAUUCUCCGUUCGUUAGUUCCAAAGAAAAAACCCGAACAUGGCUUUCGGAUUCGGGUCAUCCGAGGAUGUAUCCGGUUUCAAAUUCUUGUUCCUCAUGGCGGUGGUGUACGGUCUAAUGUCGAUGCUUACAUACUCCGUUAUUCACAUGAAGUUCAUCAACCCACUCCUUAUCGACGCUCCUCUCGAUCUAUUUUCCGAAGGAAGAGCCGUCCAACACGUUCGAAUGUUGUCUCAAGAGAUCGACGGUCGUCACGAAGGACGUCCUGGGUUGAAAAAAGCUGCUCAAUAUAUUACGGCUCAGUUGGAAUUAAUUAAGGAACGAGCUAACUCCAAUGUCAGAAUUGAGAUUGAAGAGAACACUGUUAGUGGCUCCUUCAAUAUGAACUUUUUGCGUCACAACAUAGCUUUGGGAUACAGAAACCAUACUAAUAUUCUUAUGAGGUAACUUUCCAGUGCUGAAU